AUGGCGAUAGCGUUUAGGGUGCGAAACCCUGACCUCCGUUCUCUCAUUCUUCUAUCACUCUUGACCAUCUCUUCCGCCAAGGUCUUAUUCGAGGAGCGCUUCGAAGAUGGAUGGGAAAAUCGGUGGGUUAAAUCCGAUUGGAAAAAGGACGAGAACUUGGCUGGGGAGUGGAACCACACCUCUGGUCAAUGGAAUGGGGACGCUAAUGACAAAGGUAUUCAAACCAGUGAAGAUUACAGAUUCUAUGCCAUUUCCGCUGAAUACCCUGAAUUCAGCAAUAAGGAUAAGACAUUAGUUUUCCAAUUUUCUGUCAAGCAUGAACAGAAGCUUGACUGUGGUGGUGGCUACAUGAAGUUGCUUAGUGGGGAUGUUGAUCAGAAGAAAUUUGGUGGGGAAACCCCUUACAGUAUCAUGUUUGGACCAGAUAUCUGCGGUUACAGUACCAAGAAAGUGCAUGCUAUUUUGACCUACAACAACACAAACCACUUGAUCAAGAAGGAUGUCCCUUGUGAGACUGACCAACUAACUCACGUUUACACAUUUAUACUCCGUCCGGAUGCAACCUACAGCAUCCUGAUUGAUAAUGUGGAGAAGCAAUCUGGUAGUCUCUACUCUGAUUGGGAUCUUCUCCCUCCAAAGAAAAUCAAGGAUCCUGAAGCUAAAAAACCAGAAGAUUGGGAUGACAAAGAAUAUAUUCCAGAUCCCGAGGAUAAGAAGCCAGAGGGAUAUGAUGACAUCCCUAAAGAGAUCCCAGAUACUGAAGCCAAGAAGCCCGAAGACUGGGAUGAUGAGGAAGAUGGUGAGUGGACACCCCCAACCAUUGCCAACCCUGAGUACAAGGGCCCAUGGAAGGCAAAGAAAAUUAAGAACCCCAACUACAAAGGAAAGUGGAAGGCACCAAUGAUUGAUAACCCAGAUUUCAAGGACGACCCCGACCUAUAUGUUUUCCCCAAAUUGAAGUACGUAGGCAUUGAAUUGUGGCAGGUGAAAUCUGGUACUUUGUUUGACAAUGUCUUGAUUACCGAUGAUAUUGAAUACGCUAAGCAAUUGGCUGAAGAAACAUGGGGCAAGCACAAGGAUGCUGAGAAGACAGCAUUUGAAGAGGCCGAGAAGAAAAAGGAAGAAGAGGAAUCAAAGGAGGAUCCCGUUGACUCUGAUGCUGAGGAUGAAGAGGAAGAAGCUGAUGAUGCUGGCAAUGACACCGACGCUGAAUCAAAGACGGAAGCUGGGGAAGACAAGGAAGAUGGUCAUGAUGAGCUCUAG